AUGAAUAUGGUCGCACGUGACGACCGUUUUGCUCGCGCAACGUGCAUGCAUGGUGUGCAUGCCGCCACCCGGCAAGCCACGUCGCGCUCGAUCCGUUACUGGGCGGCCGGUCUUGCCGGUGGCAUUGGUCUUAUGACCUACACGCUGUUACGUUCUUCGGCAUCGCGUACGAAUGCCGUGCAGGAUCUCAGUGAAUCUACGGAUACUGCAUCACCGACAUCCUCAUCAUCGACGCCCAAAGAUGAACCGCCACCCGCUUCGUUUGCGCAGAGCAUGUGGGGAUGGACAGUACGGUACUUGAUUGAUCCAUUCUUUGUGUUGAAGAGGUUUAUCUACUUAUCUAUUCUAUUCUUGCCUGUACUUCUCACUGUCCCUCUUCUUUUCUGCGGAGCAAGUUCCACUGUCACGGACGAUCAAGGCCAUACGGAAGAGCGGCCUGGUUGGGGCGCCCGGUUUUGGUUCGCUUUCCUGGUGAAGCAAAUGGAGUUAGCUGGGCCGACGUUUGUCAAACUGGGGCAAUGGGCCGGAUCGCGUCGUGAUCUGUUCCCUGAGGCCCUCUGCAAUCAGCUAGCCAAGCUGCAUUCAAGCAAUCAUCCUCAUUCAAUGAAACAUACUCGUAAGGUGCUGGAAUCCGUGUUUGGACUACCAUUUGACGAGAUUUUCACCUCCUUUGAUACGGAGCCAGUAGGUGUGGGUGCUGUGGGUCAAGUGUACAAGGCUGUGCUUCGCUCGGAUCUUUUGCCGCGCGACUACCUGGUGGAGAAAAUUCAGGUAGACAAGCUGCAUCAAACAGCGGAGCAGAUUGGACGUGAACUUGCGUUGACGUAUGAUCACGACGAAUCAUUACGCCAUGUUCCAGGCGCUGCUGUGGCUAUCAAGGUGCUUCAUCCGAAUGUCCGCUCUACCAUUGACUAUGAUAUUCAAAUCAUGUCGUUCUUCGCUGGCUUAAUUAAUAUGUUCCCGGGCAUGAAGUGGGUCUCUUUCCCCGAAGAAGUCGAGCGAUUCUCCGCGCUCAUGUUCAGUCAAUUGGAUCUUCGCACAGAGGCUUCCAACCUAACGCGCUUUGAGAAGAACUUUGUUCGUCGUGGCGGUACUGUCACAUUCCCUCGGCCGCUCCAAGUGUUCUGUACUCGGGAGGUGCUAGUUGAGGAGCUGAUCGAUGCUGUACCGCUGAAGCAUUUUAUGAAGAUGGGCGGCUUAGAUUAUGAUAUGGCCAUUGCCGAAAUGGGUUUGGAUGCGUUUUUGCAAAUGCUACUGAUUGACAAUUUCACGCACGCUGAUUUGCAUCCAGGCAAUAUCAUGGUAAAGUUCUACCGUCCUACCACUCGUUCCAUGCUCCAAAAUGCCUUCUCACGUAUUCUGUCACGCUUCGAUCCUUCCUACCUACUGGGCCAUCCGAGCCGUACAGGCAUUCUUUCGGAUGAAGUCGUGGUAGAGGAGCUAUUGUCGCGUACAAACGAUAAACGAGCAUGGCUCUCUGGCCUUCGCGCGCUUGAGGAUGAAGGAUACUUGCCUGAGCUUGUCAUCCUGGACGCUGGGCUUGUGUCUGAGCUUUCGCCCAAGAAUCUGCGCAACUUUCUCGACUUGUUCGCAGCGAUUGUGACAUUUGAUGGUCGUCGAGCUGGUGAGCUCAUGGUGGAACGCUGCCGGACGCCUGAGCUCGUCACCGACAAGAAGAGUUUUGUGAAUGUCAUUGGGUCAAUUAUGGAUAGCGUACAUUCAGACUCGUUCAGUUUGGCGUCACUGAACAUCGGUGACGUUUUGUCGCAAGUCUUGUCCUCUGUGCGUCAGUACCACGUGAAGAUGGAAUCUGACUUUAUGGACACCAUCCUGAGUAUCCUUAUUCUCGAAGGCAUUGGUCGUCGUCUCUACCCUGACCUGGAUCUAUUCACCCGGGCUGUUCCAAUUCUUCGCUCGCUUGGGCAAAAGAUGACCACAGACGAAACACAGCUUGCGUCGUUCCGUGAAAAUAUGAGUGUGGCUAAUAUCUGGCCCAUGUUCAAACUCUGGGUGUAUUUGGAAGCUCGUUCCUUAUUCGCGAAUACACAGCAUCUUGCGCAUGUGGUGGAUGCAUUUGUGCGCUACGGUUGGUUCUCCGACUAA